GUGACGUAACUUCCGGUUCCUACCUCUCGCCGCGUCCUGAACGCGAGCUCUCGCGACCAUCUCCGUUCCUUCCUCAGCCGUCGCCGCUGGGGUUCGAGCCCGCGUCCCAGGCCCGGGCCUGCUUUGUGUCCCCUUUGUCCCUCCAGGAGGCUGCAGGUUCCCGGCCGUGCUCCCUGGGACUCGGACCCUGGAGGCAGCCAGCCCGUGACCUCCAUCCAACCUCUGUCUGGGCAGGAGCUGAGAAUGGCCCCUGUGCUCCUGAUGCCCGGCGGCCCCCAGGGCUCCGUGACGUUCCAGGACGUGGCCGUGGACUUUACCGUGGAGGAGUGGGGGCGCCUGGCCCCCGCCCAGAAGGAGCUGUACCGGGAGGUGAUGCUGGAGAACUACGGGAACCUGGUGUGCCUGGGACUUGCCGUGUCCAGUCCCGAUGUGAUCGGCCAGCUGGAGCGGGGGGAAGCGCCGUGGACGGCCAGAGACCCCCAGAGGAGGGGCCGCCUCGAUGGUGACAUUAGGACUGGAACCAGUGGGUCAGCUCCAAAGGUGGGCCUUUCUGUGGAAGAAGCAUCCUUUGAACAACUCACAAAGGAUGGUCCCUGUAUUUCUAGUUUCAGAAAAGCUAGAGCAUGUACUUCAAGGUUAGAGGGACAGCCAGACAAUGAGGAACAAAAUCUUCCUAAACGUGAUACCCAUAGAAAGAACUUCAGGCCGCAGCCAGGACGAAGAAGAUAUCACCGAAUCUGCUUAAAGAAGAUAUUUUCCAAGUAUAAUGAAUGUGGAAAACCCUUUGAUUAUAAUUCAGGUCUUAUCGACUACCGACUCAUUCAUGCUGCAGAGAAACCUUUCGAAUGUAAUGAAUGUGGCAAAGGCUUCCGCUGGAGCACCGAACUUACUGUCCAUCAAAGAAUUCACACUGGAGAAAAACCUUAUGAAUGUAAUGACUGUGGGAAGGCCUUCCGCCAGAGCUCGCAACUGACUAUACAUAAGAGAAUUCACACUGGAGAGAAGCCUUAUGAAUGUCAUGAAUGUGGGAAAGCCUUUCAUCAGAGUGCAGGACUUACACAGCAUCAAGCAAUCCAUUCUGGAGAGAAACCUUUUGAAUGUAAUGAAUGUGGGAAAACCUUCCGCCGGAGUUCACAGCUUACGGGACAUCAGAGAAUUCAUACUGGAGAGAAACCAUAUAAAUGUGGUGAAUGUGGGAAAGACUUCCGACAAAGCUCACAGCUGACUAUACAUAAGAGAAUUCACACUGGAGAGAAGCCUUAUGAAUGUCAUGGAUGUGGGAAGGCCUUCCACCAGAGUGCAGGACUUAUGCAACAUCAGAAAAUUCAUACGGGGGAGAAACCUUAUGAAUGUAAUGAGUGUGGGAAGGCCUUCCAUCAGAGCUCACAGCUUACUGUACAUCAGAGAAUUCAUACUGGAGAGAAACCAUAUGUAUGUAAGGAAUGUGGGAAGGCCUUCCACUGGAGUUCACGGCUCACACAACACCAGAGAAUCCAUACUGGGGAGAAACCUUAUGAAUGUAAUGACUGUGGAAAAGCCUUCCGCCAGAGCUCACAACUCCUUGUACACCAGAGAAUCCAUACAGGGGAGAAACCUUAUGAAUGUAAAGAAUGUGGGAAGGCCUUUCAUCGAAGCACAGGACUAACACAACAUCAGAGAAGUCACACUGGAGAGAAACCUUAUGAAUGUAAUGAAUGUGGAAAAACAUUCCUGCAAAAGUCUUGGCUUACUGUCCAUCAGAGAAUUCAUACUGGAGAGAAACCUUAUGGAUGUAAGGAAUGUGGAAAGGCCUUCCGUCGGAGCUCACAGCUGGCUCAACAUCAGAUAAUUCAUACCAGAGAAAAACCUUUUGAAUGUCAUGAAUGUGGGAAGACUUUCCACCAGACAUCUCAGCUUAUUCGGCAUCAGAUAAUUCAUACUGGAGAGAAACCUUAUAUAUGUAAUCAGUGUGGGAAGGCUUUCCGACAGAGUAAACACCUUACUCGACAUGAAAUAAUUCAUACUGGAGAGAAACCCUAUGAAUGCAACGAAUGUGGGAAGGCUUUCCGCCGGAGCAUAGAACUUACCCGACAUCAGACAAUUCAUAGUGGAGGGAAACCUUUUGAAUGUAACAAAUGUGGAAAAGCCUUCCGUCUGAGAACAAGACUUACUGAACAUGUGAGAAUUCACACUGAAGAGAAGCCUUAUGAAUGUAAUGAGUGUGGGAAGGCCUUCCGCCAGAGUGCAGGACUUACACAGCAUCAAAGAAUUCACACUGGAGAGAAGCCUUAUGGAUGCAGCGUGUGUGGGAAGACCUUCCGCCAGAGCUCACAGCUUAUUCGACAUCAGAGAAUUCACACUGGAGAGAAAUCUUAUGAAUGCACCAUCUGUGAGAAUGCCCUCUGCCUGAAUAAACACCUUACUCCACAGUACACUACACAAGUUGGAGAAAAGCAUUAGGAAGGCCAAAACCAUAUGAAUGUAAUGGACAUGAAGAUUUCAGCCAGAGUACAUAUAAUAUUUUGUCGUAGAGAACUUAUACCAAAGGAAAUCUUAUAGACAAAGCAAGUCAGUAUCACAUUUCCCAUAGUAGCCAUUCCAAACCAUUUCUUUGCUCCAGUCUCAAGCCUUCCAUUUCUUCCAUUGUCUGUACUUACAGCAGAUGACUUUGCCACACUUUCCCUCCAAAAUUAAGUCUUGCUAAAUUGAACUGAUUUCUUAAAUUCCGCAUUUGUAUAAUUCUUAUAAAUGUCAGUUGCUUUCUCUUAUGUCUUUUUAGUGACAAAGUCACAAAACCACGUAAGUAGAGACAUGGCCCUCUGGUCAUUUCAUCCAAUCUGUAUGCUUAGAAAAUCCUUAGCUAGAACAUAUGAAACAAGAUGAAAAUGCUUCCGCUAUCAGAGAGUGCCAAUGUUAGAGUUGUAAAGGACUUCAGAGGCCUCUAGUCCAACCUGUACCUAGACAAGAACACUCUCUACAACAUACUUAAUGGUUGGUCAUUCAUACUUUGCUGGAAGACCUCUUUUGGGCCUGGGAACCGUUCUGUCUUGAUGCACUGCAUUGCUGCACAACUUCCUCCUAUUACUCGGUUUUGUCCUCUGGGGCCAAACAGAAAAAAGUCCAUGUUAUGGUCUUUACAAAUACAUGCCUAUAUCUGUCAUGUUCCCCCAUUGCUCAAAUACUUGAUAAUGUUGAGCUUGUUUCCCUCUCCCCCAACCUGGUGUCCAGUGACUUGCCUGUGCUCUGCACAGUCUCCUGCUUAUUGAUGUCUUUACACUGAGUCCCCACCAUCUAAACCAAACAGAGUUCUCCAGAUGGUAUCUGACAAAGGCAGAGUCUAGUGCCAGACAAUAUCAUCAGAUCCCUCCUCUAAUCUUCCACUCCAAUCCAUGAUAUUCUGGCCCAUCCAACACUGGCCCAUCUCCCUUCUUUGUAUCUCAUGUUAUCAUCCCCAGAAUCCUUCUGGUAUUAGUAUUCCCACUUCGUAGAUGAGGAAAUCAAGGCUUCGAGAAGCCAUGACAUCCAUAGUAACGACAUUGAUGUUGUAUCAUAAGUAGGUGUCCCCCCCCCACCCCCCAGUGCCUUGCAGUCUCCUUUCUUUCCCAGCCAUGUUGAUCUCUCAAAGCUCACUAGGGAAUUUCUUUAUUGCUGUUCAGUCCAAAUCCUCCUUUGCUUUUAGUAGAUAUUUCACAAUGAUGGUUGCCAUUUUCUUUUUGCUAAUCUCUUCUCGUCUUCAGAGACCAGCAGCUUAGCUCUCUUAGUUAACCAAUGUUAUAAAUAAAGAGCAUGGCUUGUAAAAUUCCUUUCUAACAAACCUGUAAGGUAGGUGGUACAAAUAUCCCCAUUUCAUACAUGAGGUUGGGGGAGGCAUUGAAGGAUUUGCCCGUGGUCCAGCAGCUAGUCGGUGCUAAUGUGGAAUUCAGAUCCAGGUCUCCUGACUCUCAGCCUGGCAUUCUUUUCACUAUAUCAUGCUGGUAUUCCUCCUUUGUCUCCUUUCCUGGGUCCUUGAUCUUUUCCCAACUCCUAGAGGGAACGCUGAGUGCUCUCCAAGGGCCUACCCUUGAGUCUCUUCUUUUUGUGGUCACCUUAGUGUCAGAGGGCCAGGGACCAAGUCACCCCUUUGCACUUACUAGCUGGGACCUUGGGCAGGUUGGAGCCUGUUUCCUCUUCUGGAGAUUCGGGUGGGGUGGACUAGAAGAUCCCAAGUCUGGCCUCUAAACAGACAACCCUUUAAAUUCAGCCCUGACUUGGCACUGUCAUUUCUACCAGAAGGACCAUGAUUCUUCUGGUGUCAUUUCUUCCUGAGAGCUGUCUCUCUAGUGUUUGAAAGGCCAGCAUUUGGAAGCUCUAGGAGAUUUUUAUUCGGUCUUAUGCCUGCCUGCUUCUCCUUUAUCAGGUACUUAGCAGUGUUGUUCACCCUUUCCUUUGUGAUCCUCUCAUCCCUUGCCUUUAGAAACACCACACUCUGUUCUCUUUACAUACUUCUUGGAGGGCAGAAAUAGCAGGGGAAGUUGCAAGGAGGCCAGUUUCAGCUGGAUAUCAGGGAAAUGUUCUAAAUUAGAGUGCAGCCCAGAGGGGAAUGGGCCACCAUUCAAAGCAGCAGCAGCGAUGAACCCCCAAGCUUAGCCACAGAAGCACUUGUCAGGCUUCUGUAAGGGGGCACAGGGGCUGGCCCAGGAGGCUGUGUGCCAGGCCCUGGUAAUAAAGCCCCUGCCCUAGAAAGCUUUACUUACUGCUGGGGGAUACAACCCAUUCACAGAGAAACAAAUGCAAGAUCUCGUGUUGGAGAGGCACUUGCAAUUGGGAAAUGAGCAGGAAGUAGGCAGCAGUUGAGCUGAACCUUGGAGGGAGCCAGGGUUCAAUGAGACAAGAGGUGAGGGAAGGGGAGAUGGGAAGGUCAUGUUCAAAGAACACUGAAUAAACCAGUUUAGCUGGAGCAUGGGUGGAGGGGGAGUUGUCAUGUCAUCUACUGGAAAAGUUGAGGGGAAGCCUUCCAGUGCCAAAGGGGACCUGGCAUUUUGUCCUUUUGGGGAAAGGGAGCUGUGGAAGCUCUACCAGUGAGUGGUGAGUGACGUGGUCAGAUAAGUACUUUAGGACUGGCUGCUUGGCAGCUCUGUGAAGGGUAGACUGGAGAGGGAAGAGCAAUGGGAUAUGAGUGUCCCGGGACGGAGGGGAUGGUUGAGCAAGUGGUGAUCUGUGAAGGUGAUGGGAUAUGAUGGGACCAACAAAAAUGAUAAGAGCAAGACAUGAAAAUGCCCGGGAAGCAACGGAGUGAGGAAAGUAAAGGUGAAAGAGCAGCAUCCACAAUGGCUGAAAAUAUGCCAACAACCACCACAAAAUCCAGAGAAUCCCCAGAAGAAAUGAAGUAAAGAGGAUAUUUUUGUUAUGACUUUGUUAAAACUGGUGCACACUUAAAAAAAAAAAACCACUACAUGAUGGAAGUGUAGAGGACAUGGUAAGACUGGGUUGUGUCUAUCAGCCUUGUUAGGACCUUCAUAUGUCUUGUGCCAGUGACACCACCCCCAACCUCAAAGCAUGGACUAAUGCAUGAUGAUUCUGGAUGGCACUGGGGACCUCUGUGGGGCUGCCUAAACCAGCAGACCUUUGAGAAGCCUUGAGGUUCCCAGUUACUGGUUUGUGAUGAAUGUCCCACAAUCGCUUCGUUUCCCAUUCAUUUGGACACACGUCAGCCCUGGUCCCUUCCUGCAAUCUUCCUGAGGACUCAGGGAGAAGACAGCACCCAGAGAGCAGAUUGGCCUGAAAGGCUGUGGGGAAGAAAUGGGAUCUGGGGAAGUAGUAGUAGAAAGAGGCAGGUUUAGGGUUACCCUCAGGAAAAACUUUCAAAUGAGGAAAACUGCCCAUGUUUUAAGAGGAGCGGGGACCAUUGCAUUUAUGUGGCAUAAUCUCAACUGCACUUUUGGUGCUGCAACAACUCUACAUCUCCCUAAUUAGCUCACUAGCCCAAGCACGGCAGCAGAUCUUCCCAACCUUUUCAUCCCACAAAUCUGCCAUAGUCCCUGUUCUCAGCUGAGAAUCUUAUUUCAUGUUGCACUGAAAAAAAAAACUUGGGCCAUUUGCCAGCCUUCCACCUCACAUUGCCAAGAUGCUGUCUGCCACCAUCUCCUCCACCCUUGUUUAAUGAGAAAGCUAAUCCUUGCCAGGGUGACUUCUUCGGUAUGCACCCUUAACCCCAUUCCAGCCUGUCUUCUCCAGCAUAUUUCAUCCUUUGUCAUUGCUACUCUCACUAGACUUUCUCUUGUCUACUGGCUGUUUCCCUACUGCCUACAAACAUUCCCAAAUCUGUUCCCAAAAAACUAAUUUCCUCCAUUCCCACUCACCACCAUCCUAUAGUCUUCCUUUUGUGGCUAAACUUACAAAGGCCAAAUGCAGUAGGUACCUCUGCUUCUCAUUGUUUAAUGCUACAGUCCAGCUUCUGACCUCACCCUUCCAUCAAAGCUGCUAAUGCUUUCUUUAUUGCCAAGUCCAGUGGCUCAGUCUUCAUCCUUAACCUCUCUGCAGCCUUUGACCCUCUUCUUGAUGCUGUCUUCUCCAAGUUUUUGUGACACUCUUCUUGAUUCUCCUGCCUGUCUGACCCCUCCUCAGUCUGCUUUGCUAUAUUUUCAUCCAGAUCAAAACUGUUAACUGGGCCCUGUCCUGAGCCCUCUUCUCCCUCUAUACUGUUUCACUUGGUGAUCUCAACUCCCAUGAAUUCCAUUAUCUCUUUCAGAUGAUUCUUGGAUUUACUUCUCCAGUCCUAACCCUACCCUUAAUCUUCAGUCUCACAUCUCCAAAUGCCUAUCCUACAUCUUGAACUGAACGUCCCAUAGACAUCUUAAAUUCAACCUGUCCAAAACUGAAUUCAUCUUUUCUUCUCUUACUGACUUCCCUGUUGCUGUUGAGGCCACAACAGUCCUUCCAGUGCCCCAGGAUCAUAACCUAGAUGUCAUCCUCAACUCCUUAUUCUUAGUCCCGUGUCUGAUCUGUUGCCAAGGCCUGUUGAUUUCACUUCUAACAUCUGUCAUAUACUCUCUCUUCUCUCUUCUGACACUGCCCACCCUGGUGCAGACCCUCAUACCUGGACUAUUCUGCCUGCCUCAAGUCUGCCCCCACUCUUGUCCACACUCCAGCCUCCAAAGUGAUUUUCCUAGACCAUGUCAUUCCACCCCCACCCCCAAAACUCCAGUGACUUUCCAUUGCCUCAAGGAUCCAAGAUAAAACCCUCUAUUUGGCUUUUAAAGCUCUACAUAAUUCUUUGUUUUCAUUACACCUUACUCUCCUCCAUGUACUAAUAGAUCCAGUGACUUGGCCUCCUUGCUAUUUCUCCUAACUGCAUAUUUACUGGCUGUCCACGCCCCGCCCCACCCCCCCUGCACCUUGGAAUUCUACCCAUCCUCAUCUCCAGCUCCUUCCCUUGCUUCCUUCAAGACCCACCUAAAAUCCCACCUCUUAUAAGAUUUUUUUCCAAUUCCUCCUUAAUGCUAGUGGCUUCCCUCUCCAACAAGUGGCAAACCCCUCCAGUAUCUGCCAAGAAAACCCCAAAUGGGGUCAUGAAGAGUUGGACACAACUGAAGUGACUGAACAAUAGCAACAACCUUGUCUAUAUCUUGUGUAUAGUUGUUUGCAUGCUUUCUCCAUUAGACUGUGAGCUCCGUGAGGGCAGGCAUUCAUGUUUUUGCCUUUGUAUCCCCAGUGCUUAGCCUGGUGCAUACCAGGUGCUUAAUAAAUGAUUAUUGAUUGGCUGAUUC